AUGGCCGCUAAAUUGUUUUCGGCAGAACCAGAACGAUCGUUGCGAGCACGAAUCAGAAAAGCCAGACACGACAGACUGGAAGUAACAGAAGAACCGCUGAUAGUUUCUGAUUCUGAGGAAGAGGGAACCGUUUCAAUUCAUUCAGAACACUCUGAUUCUGGAAAUUCUGAUACCGAACCUGAAACUAUGGCAGCUGAUCCACCUCCUGCGGAGAGACUAUUAGGUGAUUACGGGGGAGCAAAUGCCCCGCCUGGAAGGAUGACAAUCGUGAAUCAACCAGUCAAUGUUGCCCACUUUCAACUUCACCCCUCAACGAUACGGCAACUAGAAAGGAGACCUUUCGCAGGAAAAAUUAACGAAGAUGCCAACAAGCAUUUGCAAAGGUUUCUGACUAUGACUACGUCGUUAAAGAUUGAGGGACAUUCUGAGGAAGCUAAGAAGUUGGUCAUGUUUCCGUUUACAUUGUCAGAAGAUGCUGAAGAGUGGUUCUACUCUUUACCUGCUGGAAGCAUCACAACUUGGCAACAGAUGGAGACAACUUUUCUCAACGAGUACUUUCCGGCCUCUGUGUACAUCCGAAAGAGGUACGGCAUAGUGAAUUUUAAACAGAAGGAAGGAGAGUCACUUGGAGAUGCGUAUAAGAGGUUCAAACGAUUGUUGGUUGCUUGUCCUACUCAUAAUAUGGAUGCAACGGAGCAAAUGCAGAAUUUUGUGAAUGGUCUUCGGCUGAAGACUAAGCAACUUAUUGACACAGCAGCUGGUGGCUCAACCAACUUUACAAUAGCCACUGGUAUUAAAAAGAUUAUCGAAGCCAUUGCAGCCAAUGAGCACUUGGAGUUGUAUGACCGCAGUGUUAGUCAACCCGAAGGGAUAGUUGACCUGAAAUUGGCAAGCCAAGUGGUGAAGAUGGAAGAUCAAAUAGCAGCUGAAGUAGAAAGGAGAUUGAAGAAGAUGGCUAUUGAUACCCAAACUGUGGCACAGGUUCAACAGGUUCAACCAACUCAAACUAGUAAUUGCGAAAUUUGUGGAGGACCUCAUCUUACCGCACAUUGCUUUGCUACCGCACAACAAAUUGAGGAGAUCAAGUUUCUUAGGCAGAACAACCCUUAUUCAAACACAUACAAUCCGGGUUGGAAAAACCAUCCAAAUUUCUCAUGGAAGGAUCAACAAGGAAAUAUAGCACAACAACUAGCGGGUUCUCCACAACAGGGAGUUUUACCAAGUUCUACGGUUACUAAUCCAAGAGAAAAUUAUCAUGUGAAUGCGGUGACCACCAGGAAUGGUAAGUCAAAAGAAAUACCUGAGAAGAGUUCUGAAGAAGAAGACUUAUUGCUUGAAGUUGAUCUAGAGAUAAAAGAAAAUGAGGUUGCAAAUGAAGAGGUCACUCAUGAUGAACGAGUGGUUAAAGAUAAAGUGAAUGAUCAAAAACCGGCCGUCAAACUGCCAUUCCCAACAAGAAAUAAGAAGAAAGGGCAGCAUGAGAAAAACUUUGAGAAGUUCUUGGAAAUGUUUAAAAAGCUUGAGCUAAACAUUCCUUUCUUGGAGGCGCUUGAGCAAAUGCCUACCUACGCAAAGUUCAUGAAAGACAUCAUAUCGAAGAAGCGGACCAUAGAAACUAACCCGAUUAUUCUAACGGAAACUUGUAAUGCCAUUUUGCAGGGUAUGAAGGUUCCGGUGAAAAAGAAGGAUCGAGGUUCUCUGACCAUUCCGUGUGCCAUUGGAGAUAGAUCCUUCAAGAAAGCUCUAAUUGAUUUGGGAGCGAGUGUAAGUCUGAUGCCGCUGUCUAUCUAUAAGAAGUUGGGGAUAGGUAAAAUUCAAGAUACGAGAAUGACACUCCAAUUUGCUGACCGCUCUGUGAAGAGACCCUAUGGGAUAGUAGAAGAUGUGCUAGUAAAGAUCGACAAGUUUAUGUUUCCCGUGGAUUUUGUCAUUUUGGAAAUGCCGGAAGAUGAAGAGAUACCAAUCAUUUUGGGGAGACCAUUUUUAGAGACCGGGAGAUGUUUGAUCGACAUAGAAGAAGGCACGAUGACUUUGAAAGUGUAUGAUGAAGAGUUAAAAAUUGAUGUGCGAAACACCAUGAAGUACAAGGAUGAGGUUGCUACUAGCCAACAUAUUGAGACAAUCGAUCAAAUAUGUGAAAAGAAAAAUUGCUUGACAACACAAAAAUUUCCCUUGGAAAGGGUGUUGAGCUUAUCAAUUUUUAACAAAGAGGAAGUAGUUAACGAGAAAGAUAUGGAAGUUUUAGCCAUGACGGAAGCAUCACCACCUUUUAAAGGUUAUCAAUACAACCGGUGGAAAGAUUUAAGGCAACCCUUAGUGGAAGAAAAGAAAGAUGAACAAAAGAAGGGAACCGAAUUGAAACAACUACGGAGAACCUCAAAUAUGUCGUCCUCGACACAGAGAAUUUGA